CCUGAUCAAUCCUCUCGUCUGGCUGUUGGCUUGGAGCCCUUGGGUCGUCCUGGUCGUAAGUUCUCAAGAAGGAAGAAACGUUGAUAAUGUUUCAGUGGGGGGAAGGAGCAUUUACCUUUUAAUCUUCUCUCUGUGGGUAAGGCAAGUCGCUCCUUCUGUGACCAAAGCAGAGACAUAGAGGAGAGCAGAGCGGGACCGGGCCGGGCUCAGGGAUGUGUCCCGGGGCGCUUUCCCUUAGGAAAGUGGCUUUGCCAGCCCCUCAGAGCCUGAGCUGCUCCCGGUGCCAGCUGCCAAGCCAGCGGCUUGUUGGGGUUGAGUUAGAGCAGCUGUGAGCUCCAGGGAGUCCUUUCUCCCGGCGGCUCCACGCGUGGUUCGUUUGUCCCAGUACGGUGCCGCUGCAGGCACGUGGUAACUCUUUGCCGCAUGUCCCGAGUGGGAGGGAGGGACGAGUGCCGUGGAGUAAUCCCCGCUUUGAUAUUGCACUCCCUGCCGCUCCGAGCUGAGGAAGUGACUUGCGCUGUGUCACGGAGCUGUUCUGUCCUGCGCUUGUUUGCAGCCGUGCCUGUCGGCCAAGGUGAUCCAGGUUCCCGUCCGGGUUCCAGGAUGGAGGCUUUGGGAGAUGCCGUGGGUCUUCCAAGAGCAGAGUAUCAAGCUGAAGGAGGAAAAAAGCCCCCAGAGGCACCUGAAUUCAGGAAGCAAAUUCUGAAGAAAUCGCAGGGAGGACGCGAUAUGGACCGCAAGGCUGUGCAGAAGGAGGCGUUUCCAGAAGGAAGCAGCCGCUCACUGCCAGUCCCUGGUGGAAAACUGGAGGGGAUGCGGGACACCGGCCGGCCAGUGCCGCCCAAGCCAGGAGAAGUCCACCGCAGCAGAGUAUAUGAAUUUUUUCAAACGGACUCAGAUGCGACCCACAAGAGACGCGCAGGUGUUUCCGAAGUCCAGGGGAAAGCAGAUGUUUCCAAUUCUAAAGAGGACGAACUUCCUCUCUGCCCCCAAGAUGUGCGAAAGAGCUGUAUGAUAAACACAGCUCUAACCAUCACUUUAGUGCCACUUGGAAUAGCAGUGGCAGUGAUGGCCUUCCUGUUCUGGCGGCGGAGGAAGGCAAAAAAAAAGCAGGACAGAGCUUUUGGAGCCCAUCAGGAAUCCAGAGGCCGCUCUCCACGCCGGGACCGCUGGGACAUUGGCCGGGACAGCUGGGACGCACACCCAGACAGCUGGGAUGGCGAGGAAGACAUCCAUGAGAGCUGGAUCCAACCCCGGGAGCCGCCACUCCCGCCUCCCAAACCAUCACGCCCGCGGAGCCCACGGCCCCCCAGCCCGGUGACCCCGAUGAGGAGGGACCAGCACGGUGGCUACUGGCCCCAGGCCGAAGAAGACUUUGAGCGCCCGGCCUCCCCACGGCCCCCCCGGCCCCCACGUCCUCCCAGCCCGGCCAUGGCCACCCCACAGAGGAUGACCCGUGAAAGUGGCUUCCGGCCCCCAAGCAGACAGGACUUCCAGCGCCCACCGACACCACGGUCUCCUCAGCCGCCAAGCCGGUCUCCGCAUCCCCCAAGCCGGCCCCCACGUCCUCCGAGCCGGUCCCUGCAUCCCCCGAGCCAGUCCCCGCGUUCCCCCGGCCGGUCCCAGCUCACCAUGAUGCAGCAGGACCCACGAGGUGGCAACCGGCACCCGCCACCCCCUCGUCCCCCACCACCCCAGCCCUUCGGCAGGGGCUGAAGGAGCCCCCCCAGGGCAGGGCUUGGGGUGCGAUGACAGAGCCCCCACCAAUUGAUUUGGGGAUCAGCCCUUUCUAUCCAAAUAAAGAGGGACUGAGCUGUCACACAAGUGUCCGAGUGCUACCAACAGCAAACCCAGCCAGGCACCAGCCCUGGCUGAUCUCCAGGCCCGGGCACAGCCCUGGCUGCCCACGGCGUGGGCAGGAACCAGGCAUGGGGCUCCCCCCACCAGCAGCGGGGCCCAGAGGGGCUGGGUGAGCCCCCGGCCAUGGCCAGCAACAGACAGAGACGCCAACCUGACCGGCGCACGGUGUGGGAGGUGGUGAUGGGCGCCUGGUCUGGGCAGUCACACAGCCUGUGCAGGGUCCGUGGGGUGAGGGAAUGUUUGUUGCAGUGGCAUCCUCUGGCCAUGGACGUCCUCCAGUGGGAUACCCAGCAAAAGAGGGAAGGCAGCAAGAGCACCUCUAGGAACACAAGCCUGAUAAGCAGGUGUACUGGAGGCAUAGCAAAGGUCCUCCCUGGUUACGUUUUAUUGUGGUUUGAUCACAAUACGUGACCAUCUCUUGCUUACAAAGAUCCUUUAUACUGUUAGAUUUCCCACGACACUGUUGUUGACUGAGUCAGUUUUAAAUCUUUUUAAUGAGGUGAAUGUUUUGUAAUUUAAGUGAAAACUACUUCUGUUCUUGUUUAGAAGAGCUCCCCUCAGUGCUAAUGUUACAUAGUGUUCUAACUUCAUUAGACACUUGGAUGCUUCCAAAUACCACGUGGAUUGGGUCAACUCUCUACAGCUACCCGAAAGGAGGUUGUAGCAUGGAAUGUGUUGGUCUCUUCUCCCAAGUAACAAAUGACAGGGUGAGAGAAAAUGGCCUCAAGUUGCACCAGGGAAGGUUCAGACUGGAUGUGAGAAAACAUUUCUUCCUGGAAGGGGCUGUUGGGCAUUGGAACAGGCUGCCCACGGCAGUGGUGGAGUCACCAGCACCAGGGGAGUUUAAAUAGCACACAGAUGAGGCUCUUAGGGACAUGGUUUAGUGCCAGAUUUAGGUUAUGGUUGGACUUGAUCUUAAACAUCUGUUUCAACCUAAAUGAUUCUAUGAAAACAAAAUUAAAAGAAAAAUUAAUAAUCUAAAAAUCUAAUAAAGGGAGAGUCCACAGGAGUACCUGCAGGGUCCCUGAAAAUGGGGGAGGUGCAACCCCCCUAUAGAUCCUGUUCCCCGGCCGCAGGUGGUCCCUCCUCCCAUCCACAUCAGUUGAGGUACUCAGAGGGUAAAAUUCUUCCGACAGGGCUACAGACAUAUCCCUGCUGCCACUCCCGGUACCUGUUACAUAUUCAUUAAUUUCUCCCGCCCAGCCUAUUCAUUAAACAUAUCACUAUGGCUGUGCCCCAUGUGAUUCGUUGUUGCGCUACAGCCGAUAGUAAACACGCUCGCUUCCCGCCACAAUGUAUCGUUUUUUCCCGCCAGGAACACUAUAUACAUGCAGCUCCUUAUGCACCUGUGCUGAGCUCUGCUGCUGGGCAGAGGAGUUCUUGUUACAGAGCAGCAGGGUAGAAUCUGCAGAGGUUUUAGCCAACAGACAGAAAGCAAUAUCUUGAAACAAAGCUGUUAAUAAUAAAAUGAAGUAAGAACAAACCAAUCAGCAGUGUGAAUCGUGACAUCGCAUUUUUUUUAAACAUGCUAUAAUUAUUCAUUGAAAGAGCAUUACC